CCUUGUUCCUGAUGUUGUUCCCUGGAGCGACCUCCCCUUUCCCUUUCCCCGACUCCUCCUCUGUUUGGGACAACAAGCCGAGCGCUUCCCAAAGUUUCCGUUUGAAUCGCUGUGGCAGCCCCAUACAUUCCACUUGGAUCCAAUGGAGGCUCAGACUGAGUUAUGAAACUUUAUAGAUGGUACUGAUGAGCGAACCGGCGGACGGACCAUUGACCUCGUCAUCGACACCGGAGCCGCUCUCCAAGAAAGACUCCCGAGGCAUUUGGUCGACGUCUGAGGCGGAGAAUGGAGCCUUGGGGAGACAGGGGAGGCGUGGAAGGUCACCGGCUGACCCCCUGCUGGUGGUGGACACGGAGUCAGAGCCCUCAGAGGGCAGGAAGAAAGCAGUCGGCGUUAGAGUGAAACCAGCCGAGCAGAUUCCACCAAUGCUGAGUCCGAGUGACUUGGACACCAAGUUACAAGGGAACAAAUCACAGCCCCUACAGUUGUCAAAGACAAAUAAACACUAUCACAAGAUAUUUAAGGAAGUCAGCAAAGAUGAGUUGCUGAGACAAAGUUACACUUGUGCUCUGCAGAAAGAUAUGUUAUAUCAGGGCAAAAUGUUUGUCUCCGAUAACUGGAUCUGUUUCCACUCCAGAGUUUUUGGCAGAGACACCAAGAUAUCAAUCCCGGCGAUAUCUGUGACUUUUAUCAAAAAAACCAAGACAGCAUUACUCGUGCCAAAUGCCCUGGUGAUUGAAACCACCAGUGACCAGCAUGUGUUUGUGUCCUUCCUCUCUCGAAACACUACAUACAAACUCCUCAGAGCCAUCUGCACUCAUUUGGAGGUUGAUAAGAAGUGCGACAGUCCCGUCACGUCUUCCUGCCAAACCAGCUUUAGAUCUGCCUCCAUCCCGUCUUCACUUCCUCUGGAUUUUUCUGGAGACUAUUCUGACCUUGACGGAGUCGUGCAGAAGAGACGACAGAAGAUGAUGGAGAGCAGCAGCUCUGGCUCCCAGACUCCAGAUUAUGACAAAAUAAGUGACUUCACCGGUCUGCCAGACACAUUUCUCAGUGCAGUGAAGAGUGGAGAGGUUUCUGUCCAUGCUGACAUUCACCUUCAGACUCCAGGCCAAAAACACAGAGCUGUCCUCAACAACGGGACAACCAAGGCAAAUGAAGGAGCGACCGUCGGUGACAAAUCCUCACAGCCCGCUUCGCUACAUGCCAUUCUCCUCAUCUAUUUAAUCAUAAUCAGUGUCCUCGUCUUGUCCUCCCUCUACAUGGCUUUCAAGAUCAUGGCUCUGGAGCACCGUCUGAACUCCCUGAUGUCCAUUCGGAACGAGAAUGCAGUGAGCCACAGGUCGCAGGAUGAACUGAAUGCUGAAAUCUACGGAGAACUUUCUAGUAACCUGUUCAAGCUAGAAAAGAUACAAAGAAACCUCCAGAAGCUACUUGAAGAGACUUAGAAGACUGUUUAAAGAAGGCCUGCUGAAAGAAAGAAAAAAAAAACUUUUCUUAGUCACAUUGGCUAACAUUAGCGAUUAGAUUUAGUCGUAGAUCUAACGGACGGCUCAUACAGGAGCGUUUUCUUAACUUCUAUUGUGCAAUAUAAUUUCCCCGUUCCACUCAGGACUAUUUUAUAUUGGUGUCUUUUUAAAGACAGAAAGUUUUGAGGGUGGAGAAACUGAUUUUUAGAGCGUGCCAGUUUGUGCUAGUGCUAGUGGAGAAACUUUUAUUUUAGACAAACGUGUGGCGUAGGUCCUUGUUCAUGGGUUGAUACAUUUCACAUUUCAUUGCGAUUUGAUUUUAUGUCUCUCAAACAAAGCUAUCACAUUUCAAAGUUCUGUUGUAAUUGUUUUCCUGUGUUUCAAAAAAAAGGUCAAUUGUGCUGUUGUCAUGAUCAUUUCUAAGAAAAUAAUUGCCAAUAAAUUAUAUUUAUGUCAUCUAUUUAUA